AUGGAAGGAUUACUUCACGCGUUUUCCUAUGCCAAUAAACAUCUUUGCUCCGAGCGCAUGGUAAAAAGGAUCCAUUAUAUGCUGAAACUUACCAUGGAACUUCAAGAGUCAACAAGAGAGCCUAUAGUCCUGCCAGCACCAGAUAGGAUACUCAACUUUCAGCAACGUAUUAAACCAAAGGCUCAGAUUCUAAGUCCUGUUGGGUACAAGGCGAAAGACAAGAAGGGAGAAGAUCAUUCGUUUUGCAUGAAUGAACCAUCAAAGGACCUAAAACAUCUCGCCGUCGCCCCGGACAUGGUGAACCAAAUGUCUGCUCUUCCAGGCUUCACUGCUGGCCUUACAGAAGUCAUCUCUCGUUUUUGGUUUGAAAAUCAUUCCAGCAACAAAUUCAAACGAAUUCUUCCUGGCUCAUCAAACACCAAAAAGUAUUUAAAGAUGGUUCUAGCGCCCAUUUUCCUUUGGUCUGACGAUACAUCUGAUAACAAAUCAAAGCAAUACAAUGUUUUUUAUGGCUAUUUGAUGUAUAUGGCUGCAAUGCCUCUGGAAAUGAAAAGUCGACGAGAAAACACUCUGUUCAUCUGUAUAUCGGAUAAAAACUUGAAAGCUUUUGAUAUGCUGGGCCCAAUUGUUGAUGAUUUUGUUAAGCUGGAAAUUGGAAUCGAAGUCUUUUCAUAUGAUCACAAUGAAUACGUUCUUCUUGUUGUUCCUCUCCUCCUCCUUAUUGCCGAUAACUCCAGACAUUCACAACUGGCUAUGCACAAAGGCACAAACUCGAAGGAGUUGACUCAUCUACACGAUGUUAUUCAAUCAAAACUCCCCAAUGCAGCUCGCUAUAAAAUUCUAACCGACACACUAAGCUUCUCAGUCAACGGUAGUGAAGAGUUUCUUCGACUUAAUUCCUUUGAUCUGACUAAAGAUUGCCCAGUAGAAGUCCUCCACACCGUUCCCCUUGGUUGUAUCAAGUAUCUAGUAGAUUACUUUAUGAAAGAAGUUCUCACUGUAGCAGAAAGGGAUACACUUGGUAACAUUAUCAUGCCUAGUAGAAAUCGGAAUGCAUAUUCCAGAAUAUUUCGAAACAAUCUUCGACAUUGCGGAUCAUUUGUUGGCAGGGAUUACAAACAGCUUAUCCAAGUUCUACCAACAAUUAUCAGCAAACUAUUCCUUCAAUCGACUGUACGUAUAAACAUGUUCUCUCAAUGUUUUAUUUACCUUGGACAACUAUGCUCACUUAUAUACCUUCGCGGUAUUGAAUCGAACUACGAGCAAUAUAUAUACGUCUUCAGAGAUACAUUGUCAAACUUCACGGAUUCUUUAUAUGUACUGGAUAAACACUUGUGUCAAACUGACGCAAAGUCUCCGAAGUUCUCUCUCAGGCCAAAGAUCCACCUUCUACACCACUUGCUCGAUGAUGUUCAACGAUUUUGA